CGUCUAACACAACCGAGCAACCAUAUCAACCAACCCGCAGCAGAGAUAAUUUUAGGCUGUGAAAUUUUAGAGCGGGGCCACCCUGUCAGAGCUGAGACUGAGGGCGACAGGGCUGAACCUGGCUGACAGCCUCACGUGUUGUACUACGGCGCUGCUGAAACUGUUCACGUUGACGGCGUCCCCCAAGUCUGAGGCACCCCCCCACGACUAGCAAGAUGAGACACGGCGACGAAGACUAUCUCAUGCGCCAGGUUGGCCCGUACCACGACAACGCAGGUGUGAGCUCCCCCGAUCCAGACUUGAACCGCUACUACGACGACCCUACUAACACCAGCCAGACUGGCAAUCACGCUCCUUCUCCUUUCCAUCAGUCAAACACCAACUUAAACAACAUGCCCUCCGACCCGGCUGACUACCAGAACCUAGAAGGAUCUGCAUCUGCACCUCGCAGCAACGCCUGGCUCGAAAGAAGCCAAACCUCAUCUGGCAAACGAUCAAAAUGGAUCGUCAUUGGCUCCUUUUUGACGCUGGCUGUCCUCGUCGCCGUGGGUAUCACUCUCGGUGUCGUCCUCGGGAAGAAGAACAGCAGCAACAGUAGUACCUCAGGUUCUAGUAGCUCUGGCGCUCCGCCCGGCACGAACCCCAACGACCCGAGCAAUUUCCAAAAAAACCCUGCCCUCGUUCAGUCCUUUUACGGUAUUGCAUACACGCCUCUUGGGUCCCAGCUCCCGGAUUGUGGUAAUUCACUUGCGGAGGUCAUCGAGGAUGUCCAACUCAUGUCUCAGCUUACCACGAGGAUCCGUAUCUAUGGCGCUGACUGCAACCAAUCAUCCCUUGUGCUGGCUGCCAUUCAGGAAACCAAAGUCAACUUGUCCGUUUAUCUUGGAAACUACCCAGACCCUACCGACAACGGGACCGCCUAUGAACGUCAGAAGGGGGAGAUCCAGACCGCUCUUCAAACGUAUGGAGCCGAUCACGUUCUAGGUGUUACUGUCGGAAACGAGUUCAUCCUCGACUACAUCACGCAAGCGGGUCAGACUGAUCCCAAUGGCUCCGCAGGUCAAGCGGCUGCCGCAAUACUCAUUCCUUUUAUCAAUGAUACCCGCGCUAUGUUAUCGGAGAUGGGUCUCAACCUCCCUGUUGGCACGGCUGACGCAGGAAGUUACUUCAACAACGACGUUUUAGAAGUGGUAGAUUACGGAAUGGCCAAUGUCCACCCGUGGUUCGCGAACGUAUCUAUCGACGACGCUGCAGCGUGGACCGCAGAAUUCUUCGAGAGCACUGAUGUUUCGCUUGCUCAGUCGCUUACCAACAAGCCAAACAUGUUCAUUGCAGAGACUGGCUGGCCAACCAACACGUCUACAUUCAAUUAUAACCCCAACGAUGGUCCGUCGUUAGCAUCCGUUGCCAAUUUACAGUAUUUCAUCGAUACGUUCGUCUGCCAAGCGAACCAGAACGGCACUGGAUACUUCUUCUUCGAGUACUGCGACGAACCUUGGAAGGCCGUACAAUAUGGCGGUGUGGAGGGUUACUGGGGCUUGUUUGACUCGAACAAAAUCUUCAAGAACCUUACCAUCCCUACCUGCUCCUCUUAAGCGGAUUGCUUCGUUCGUUCGUUGGGACACUCACUCUUUGGAAUGCGGACUCUAGUCUUCUCACAACCACCCUACCUUGUUGCAUUCGAUUAUCUAGCAUUCGCUCCUAUCAGUACUGCUCCUUAUCUCUUGUUGACGUAGAGGGUUAUCCCCCUGACUUGUCUUCUCUCGGAGCUUUCAGUAUCACAUUUUGGAUGGACUAUAUACAUACAUGGCUAGCUUGGAAACCCUUUAUAGCUAUGUAUCUUGCUUUGAUCGUGAUGAGGUUCAGGUCGCACAUUGGACCUGCCACCUGUCACCUCAGGGGGCCUGACCGUUUGACGUCGACGGGAAAAAAGUGAGUGCAUCAGCCGGGAGUCGAACCCGGAGCUAGGCCAUGGGAAGACCCAAUGUUACCGCUACACCACUAAUGCUCGAUAUUUUCGCAACGAACAUAAAGAUAUCUAUCUUCCAGGGUCACCAUCGUUUAUUUGCUAGG